AUGUCAAAUAGAUUGAAUAUCCUUGCAGUGGGCGCCAACCCGUUCAUCACCUUCUACGUGUCGCGCCUCGCCAAUGUGGCCUCCUUGGACGUCAGCGUUGUCUCCCAGGAGGCAGCUGUGGUGGCUGCCGAGGGUUUCUCGUGGAAGUCCACAGAAUUCGGCAACUCAUGCUUCAGACCGUCGCCAUCGUCAGUUUUUGCCUCUGUCACUGACUUGACACAGAAGCCCAAGACCUACGACUGCUUGCUCAUGAGUGCCAAGUCGUUGCAAGACAUUUCUGUGGUGGUGUCCCAGUUGGCCGGCUUUCUCACACCAACCGCCACCAUCAUCAUCGAAUCCACUGGUUACGUAAAGUUGGAGUCGUUUGUCAAAUUGAGCUUGCCCGCAACACUCUCCAGCGUAAACAUUUUGUCAAUAAUGACCGACCACGACGUCAGAAAGACCGGUCCCGCAAGUUACACCCACACUGUCACCGGUAAUACCUCACAGACGUACAUCGGCAAGGCAGAAACGCCUACGGACAUCUACAGUGGCGAUCUAGUGGGACUUAUCUACUCGUGGGCAAAUAUUUUCGAGAACUGCGGCUUGAAGGUGGCAACGUUCCGCACUACGACCGAGUUUUUGGCCACCCAGGUCCAGUUAUGCGUCCCACGGGCCGUAUUCAAUCCGUUGGCCAUCAUCUUCGAGAUCCCGUACCCUGCCAACUUUGAGGCACAAAUCUUGUCUAAACCGUUGAUCAGUGGGUUAAUUGAGGAGUUUAACAGACUAGCCAAGUGCAUGAACGUUGCGGUGCCCAAAGAGCUGGUCUUGUACCGGCAGUGGUGUCUGAGGUAUAAACAACUGCAGGGCGUGGACACCUACGCCACCAGCAGCCCGCUAUUCUACGACUUUUUCCACCAGCGCGACCUCGAAAUUGACUUGUUGUUGUUGCAGCCGAUCUUGUUGGCGGACGACUACAACCUCAGAACCCCGUACUUGGAGUUUCUCUACGCAGUCUUGUGCCAGCACCAGAAGUUGAACCGCGGGCAGAGCGUGUUCUUCAUGCGCGGCAGCUCUGCGGAUGUGCAGCGCUUGCGCGACAGUGUACAUGCAAAAGACCAGUGUCUACUCACGGCGCAGGAGGAGAUCAAGAGGCAGCAGGCCCAAAUCGCGCAGCUACAGGAGGAGACCAAGAAGUUGGUCAAAGCCAGACCCAUGAGCACAGCUUACGAGGGUUCCGACUUGAGUGACUUCAGAGAUAUUGCGAUGUAUGGCGCACAGUUGAAUGGCGAGGCGGUAACCCAGGGCCCAGCCCGUGGCUCCGCUACCCCCACGACCCUGGCGAGCAGUGAUGGAGACCCAGACUACAAGGCGUUGUAUGAGCGCGAGGUGGAGUUGAAGAAGCGUGAGAUCGCCUUAGCCGCGCGCGAAAUGGACUUGCGGGCGAGGCAGCCGCAAGCUCAAUCUCAAGCUCAGCCCUUCCUGUCACAGGCCCAAUCUCAGGGAUUCUCUCAACCACAGGGUUUCCCACAGGCUCAGUCGCAAGGUAUCCCACAGACUCAACCACAGGGUUUCCCACAAGCCCAGCCACAGGGUUUCCCACAAGCUCAGCCACAGGGUUUCCCUCAGGCUCAACUGCAGGGCUUCCCACAGGCUCAAUCACAGGGCUUCCCGCAGGCUCAAUCACAAGGCUUCUCACAGGCUCAGAGCUAUUCUCAACAAGGUCCUUCGCAAAACCAACCAACGCAGGUUCCGCCUCAGGGGCUUCCGACUAAUGGGCUCCCGCCCAACGGGCUCCCACAAAAGUUAAGGUCCGCAUCCUAUACCUCCGUUCCGCAGUCUUUUGGGAGCCAGCACCCAGUGCCGCACCAGGGCUUUCCACCGCGUGCCCAGCAUCCUAACCCUGGCCCCCCAAACGGCAGGAGAUUAAUGUCUUUAGGGGGUAUGCCGACGUACUCGAGCCAGCAGCAGCCACAGCCACAGCCGCAGCCGUACGACGACGGCUUGGGCGUUCUCCUGACCACUGGGGUGAUUGACUCGGAGAUUGAGUCCCGCUUCAAGCAGAAGAGCAAAGCCAACAGAAGAUCCGGGUACCCAAUGCACGCGUCCACCGACAUGUUAGGGGGUAUGCCCAAUCCAAAGACUAGACCAAAGCACAAGUCCAUGGUGCCGAUGAUGGGUGCGGGAAUGGGUAACGGUGGCAUGCCGACGAUUGUGACCAACGGUAGUUCUCCGAAUCUUAGUGGAUCUGCCUCACAGAGAUUUUCACAGCCACCUCAACUGGCACAGUACAACGCCAGACCUCCUAACCUGGCUAAUGGUAGCUAUAGCCAGGCCCCUGGCUCUGUUGCUGCUUCUGCUUCGGGAGCCCCUAGCGCUAGAAACGGAAUGGGAAAUCGCUACAACAGCAGUCAGAACUUGACCGUUCCGCAGAGCGCCCCACAAAGCGCUCUGCAAACGCCCCAGAACGAAGAGACUGACUCCCCGUUGGCCAACAGCACCAUGACCAGCGAGCAAACCAGACAAACGGUUGAGGCUGCGCCGGAAAUGGUCAACGUGGUAAUCGACACGGGCGAAAAAGUGAAAGAGAAGAAAAAGAGAGGGUUUUUUGGCAAGAAGAAAAAGUAA